GGGGGGGAAGGCUGGUAAAAUGAUGAGCAAAAUCAGGAGUCAGAAAAACCGCAAAGAGGGGAAAGACACAAGAGUGACCCCGUGCAUCGGUUUAAGCCUUCUUGGGGAGGAGUUUGGGGGUGCUGUAAAGGCCCAGUCCUCUCACACUGGCUCUUAAGAGUGUGCUUUCUACACAGUGGGGAGGUAGGCCAAGGUUGGGAAGUUGGCUGACGCCCUUUGGGUAUCUGAAUGGCAAGACAUGGGAACCUGGACUCCUAGUUCUCCCAGGCAGGAGGGGCCUGGGAACCUGGAUUCCUGGAUCUGAGGGGAGGGACCUGAAGACCCAGACUCCUGGGUCUUGAAGUAAAAGGGCACCAGGGACCUAGGCUCUUGGGUUCGCAUGUAGGAGACACAAGAUGGCCUGGACGCCUGGUUUCAAAGAAAAGAUAGCUUGGUUGGGCUACAUCCCUCCACCGGAUAGAUGAUCCAGUCCCUAACUCCCUUCCCCAUUCCAGAAACAAUGUUCUUUAUCUCUGUCCCUUUAAGAGAACAAGCCUGUCGCCAGGCUCCCAGGCUCCCCAGGGAGGGGGUCAGGUGCGUCAUCUGCGCCCCUGGGACCCUACCUCCUGCUGCCCCGCCCAGAGCCAUUCUGCAACAUUCACCCAUCUCUGCAUCCAGCUCUGCUCACCUGCUGUUAUCUUGGACCCCACUGAGCAGAUCCAGGCAUUCGGGCCCCCAACCCCCAGCCAUUCCUUCUGAGCCUGCUUUGGCGUAAACAACUGUGCCCUGAUGGUGUCCCUGGAGCCCUCAGAGAGGAAGGGAUCCUGCAUCUCCUUGGAGGUCUACAUCCUCUGAAAUAGAAGUUGAGGAGCUAUAGGCGUCUCCCAGAGCCAUGAAAUCCCUCUGCCCCAUCCUCUUCGUCCUCAUCUUCCUCCUCGCCAGGCUGGGUUCCAAGGCUGACCCUUCGGCCUCACCGCUUAGAGGCUCCGACCUCCCUGAGAUGGGCCACCCUUCUCAGACCUCCCCUCCUGCUUCUGAGAAUUCCACUGGAGACCAGCCUAACCCAGAUUCCCCCGUGGCUACUUAUCCUGAGCCCUCCAAAAUACCUCAUGCAGUUUCCCCUGAACCCUCCCGCCCUGACUUCCCUGAGACUCCCAACCAUGACCUCCAAGAGAGCCCACACCCAGAGUCUCCUGAGACUCCUACAUCUAACUCACUCAAUACCUCAAUAUCAGACUCCCUGGAGACCCCCCAAAUUAACCCCUCCAAAAUAACACAUCCAGAACCUUCUGCGGCCCCCAAACCUGACCCAACUGAUAUCCCACACCCAGAAUCUCCUGAGACCCUCAAACCUAGUCCCUCCAAAACUUCACACCCAGAAUUUCCUGAAACCCCAAACCCUGACCCUACACAAACUCCACACCAAGAAUCCCCAGCGAUUCCCAAACUUAACUCCAUCGAAGUCUCACGUGCAGAAGUCCCUGAGACGCCAAAUCCUGACCCCACCAAGAGCCUUCACCCCAAAACUCCAGAAGCCCCAAACCCUGACACCACUGAAACCCCCCACUCUGAAUUCCUCCAGACCCUGUAUCCUGACUCUACUGAAAGCCCCCACCCAGAAUCCCAUGUAACCAGCAACCCCAACCCCACUGAAAUUCCCCAGACAGAAUCCCCCACAACCCACUACCAAGAUGCAACAGACAACCCCAUGACCUCGGACCCUGAGAUCUCCGCCAGUCUUCACUCAGAAACCACUACACCUUUCAAGGACGAAGCAACAGCUGCCCUAAAUGAGCUGCCCCUGAAUCCCAAAGCAGAAACCCCUGCAGUCACCCAGCCUGACUCCCUUAAAUUGCCCACCUCAGAGUCUCCUGGAACAGUUGAGUUGAAGGCCUCCCAGGACUCUAGCCCUAAAGGGCCCGACGCCCUUCUUCCCUCAGCCCGGAUUGCGGGCCCCCCUGCUCCUCCAGGGUCCCCCAGUCAGUUGGCCCCUGCCACUCCGCGGGUCCCCCAGCGGCGCAGCCGAGGUGAGAGAGUCAACACUAUCAUCGUGGUGGAACGAGUGGAGGAGACCGGCGUGACCCUGGUGGGGCGCCCCCGGGGCGCGGCGGGAGGGGCCCUCUGCCUAUUCCUCGCCGGGAUCGGCCUGCUGAUCGGCAUUUUCCUGCUGCUGUGGUGUCUCUACCGCCGGGCGGCUCGACACCGGCCCUUCGCACAUCACCGGCUUCCAAACGACGGAGAUGAACCGGUUAUGCAUUUGGAAGCCCCGAAGGACCCCUACGACCUCUACUUUUACGCGCCGGAUGCCUGGGUCCCUUCACACAUCGCCACCAAACAGCCGCCGCCCACCCCCCCGCUGCCGCCCAAGCUGCCCCCGCCGCCCUGCGGGAGGCGCCCCCAGAGCCUGGAGCCGCUCUCCCCCGCCACGCUCCCCAACAACUUCGUGUGAGCCCCGCUCGCGUCCCGCCAGACCUGCGCCAUCCCCAGGCCGAGGAAGGACCCAGAGGUCCUGACCUCCUGGCAUGCUUUGCUACCUAGUAGUCCUCCUGGAUAGGAAGUCCCACCCACAGAGAAGCUUUCGCUGUGACCGGAGAACACCGUCUUGAGUGCGGCCGAAUAAAUCGACUGUUCCCAAAGCUAGACACGUGCUCUGGCCUGAGUCCUGGGAGAGGAGGGGGCUGGGACCCUAGGAUACCGGGUCUGAGAGAGGAGGGAGCUGGGGGCCCAGACUCCUGUGACUGCCAAGGCCAAGGACGACUGAGUGUGAACACCAAAGCAUUUUAUUGGGAGUGGGGCAGGGCAGGAUUCACAGUCACAGAGACAGACACAAAGACACAACCCUGCUCCGGGGAAAAACACCCCUCUCCCCCAGCCCCAUUCCGUUUCCUGGGAUUCUGUGACUUCUCCUGCAUAGGUUCCCCAAAUUCUAAGCCGAAAGAGGGGAGUCUGAGAGGGGAAGGAUCCCAGGUUCUGAGUCAUUUAGCCCCUGAGGGACACAACAAAUGGCCACUGAGAAAAUGAGGGUAGUUUGAAACCACCCAGGAGAAUAAAGUGCAAGGAACUGGGGGAAGAGGGGCAUCUUGAAACCACCAUGGGGAAGUUCAGUGAUGGUGGCUUCACACCGUUGAGUGGAUGGACUUGAGCAGCCACUAUUUAGACCUGAAAACGUGUCA